AUGGUUGAACAGACAUCGCCUGCGAACCCCGCCAACGGGCCCCCAAGGAUUGAGGCCAGCUCCCCCGCUGACGAAUUCCCCAAACCCGUUCGUACCGACACGGUCGACACCACCAUCGAUGAGUUCUUCGAGGCGCCAGAGGAGCAGGAGGAAUCCCCUCGAAUGGAGCGCCUUGCGCUUGCAAGGUCGGGUGCAUCCUACAUGUCCAAGCUAUCGACCAAUUCAGUCCCCCCUCCUGGGUCAAUCCUCACCGGCAAGCAAGAGCAUUAUUUGAAACGCGAGCUUAUUUCCCAACAAACCAAAUUCGAGAUCGCCGAGCUGUCGUCGCCAACCGCCCUCCAAAGAUUCGGCGCCCCCUUCAGAUCUGACGCCGGCGAGGUCUCUCCCCGAGACUCGGAGCUUCCGCUACUACGAUACAUAUUCGUGCACCAUGUUCGCAAUUUCCCCUUCCUCGACCAGGCCAGGGAGAAGGAGUUCUGGCAGGACAAGUUACAAGUGUUUCUUGAGUCUUUUGCGAACAAGCACAUUUCUGGUUCUGAGGAUAGGCUGGAGGAGACCAAGCGUAGGAAGCUUGCCGUGAAGGCUGAGAAGCUCGUGGAGCUCAUGAUGGUCUCGGGCAUCCCCACUGCAUCUGGUUAUGAGGAGAGAAUACGCUUCUCCGAAAUGGAGGUAGUGGACAGAGGUGCGAACGAAAACGGACUGGUGGUCAACAAGCCCCAAGGCCAUCCCAUCAAUGGUUGGGAUGUCAAUGUUGCAGGAGUGCGCACCAUUUCAGUCAAGCGGCACGUUCGCUACCAUACUCAUGCCGAAUACAUCUUGCGCGUCCAACGGCAUGACCAACCCGAGAUCUACGUGGGGCGGAAAUGGUCCGAUUUUGUUGAUCUUCACAAGAGAAUCAGGCUCGAGCUCCCAGGCAAGGUUCUUCCUCCGCUUCCUAGACGAAACAAGAAGAAUUCAUACCUCAGCGCCGGCGCCGACGACGAUGAGGAUUCAGAUUCACUCUCUUCCGUGUCUACCCAAGAUGUCCAAAAUUACGGCGGUGACAGUGCAUCAGACAAUGGGAGCGGAGGAGGCGGCGGACUGCGCAGCUACCUUCCUCUACCGGGAAGUGGCCACAGACGCAAUGCCUCCAAAUCGUCUCUUUCAAGUUCACCUUCGCGCAGAGCUUCGGGCGAAGGCUUCGGUCUCCAGCAGCGUCAUGUCCUUUACAGAGAGGAGCAGCGUGUGUCGCUCCGAGCAUUCCUUCGCACUUUCCUGAAGAACGAAACGAUUGCCAACUCGAACUCUAUGUCGGAAUUUCUUACCGGAAAUGUCGUCUCACUGAACGAAGAAGAGAUGGACGACAUUGAGCGGCGCAAGGAGAUGGACGAAAAGCGUAUAGAAGAGCAGAGGAAGUUCUACGAAAUCGCUCGUCAGAGGGCCGCAGAGCUCGACGUUCACAUGGAGAAGUUCAGGAGAGAGAUUGUCGAAGCAAACGGCUUGUCGCAUCUGUUCCAAGAGAUUCGCGUCAAGAACAAAAUCGCAGACCUCAAGCCUGAGUACCAGAAAUUCGCCGAGUGGUGCAGGAUAGAGGUGGCUGCCACGAUCUACCAUCUUUUCCUCGCCGAGGACAAUUCCCCUGACUUGUUUGCUCAGCUUAAGAGAAUCCACUCAAUGGUUCCUUAUACCGUCAUGAAGAAUGUCAUUCGCAUCGCCAAUCCCGCUGCUGUUAUGAGCGGAGUGUUAGAUCUAUUCUUAGCACAGCCAUUUGGAUCCCGGUCACUACUGCAGCGCAUCUUUGGCAUGGCCAUUAACGAUGGAAUCAGCGCUGUGCAAAAGACGAUCGAUACCUUGAGUUCCUCCAAGAUCAAAGACCCAGUCCUUUGCGACAAGAUCAAGGCCUAUACGGACUCAGAUGAAGCGGUCAAGGGCAUCAUACGCCAACAGGCAGAGUCCGAGCAGGUUGACAUACUCGUGGCCGUUCUCCGAUCCGAUUUCUUCGAACCAGAGCUUUCUGAGGAACAAAUUGGCACCGUCUUCAACGCGUACGUGGCUUGGAACAAUGCGGUAGAAAAUGUUGACGCGGAAAUGCGCUCAGGAGCGGAGCUUUUCGCACAUCUCAAACAGCUCUUGAAGCUCAGUCUGCGGCAGAGAGACAAGAAGAUGAUGCUUGAGAUCAUCGAAGAGCCAACUACCCUGCAACUGUUCCGUGAUCUCUUCACUAUCUUCUACGAACCUCUUGUUCGGGUGUACAAGUCUGCGAACGUCUACAACAGUAUCACAGAUUUCGCUGUGUUCGUGGAUGACAUCAUCCGCACGGUUGAAGCAGCCCAGCGCGCCGACAUCUCCGCCGAUCCCAACCAAACUGUGCAAGCAUUCAUCGACCUCUGCGCUAGACACGAAGAUAACCUCUACAAGUUCAUUCACGAGGUCCAUAUCCACGAUAAUGGGCUAUUCGACCAGCUCAUGGGUUGGAUCGAAGGCAUUCUAGAGUUCCUGAGAAAGGGUCCCCCUGGAGGCGGAAAACUCGAUAUGAAUGGGUUGUUCAAACUUGGUCUGGAUUCAGGGAUGAUCGACCAGCGAACGGCUGUUCGAGAGAUCAAUUCUUUGAUCAAGUGGCAGACAGCUCGCAAGAAGUGGCAUUCGGACAAGACGAGGCAAAAGAUGGCUCAAGGAGGUGACGAUGGCGGAGAGAUGGUCGGCAUGGGCAUUGGAGGAUUCACGAGCAGCGAUUUCGGUCUCCAUGCCGACGACCUUGUGGAUCUCAAUAUCGAGGACGACGACGACGAUCCGGAUUCAAUCGAAGAAUCCGACGACGACUCGGAUCCGAUCGUUGCCGAGCGCAAUCGCCGACGCAGGAAGAGAGACCAACUGAAGAGCACCGCAGGCGAGCCGCAGAAGCCGCCAAUUACCGAGCUCAGGAAGCUCCACCCGACGUUCCUUAGCAUGCUUCGAGACGUUCUUGCAGCUUGA